ACAGUGUAGUAAAGGUAGGACCAGCUGUGAGAGCGGGCGUCUACCCCCACGCCGUCACUCAGUGGCUACAUGUCAUCCCCAACAUGGCCCUGGAACCAGAGCUGCUUGGACCUGACAGGAAUCCCUCACUGGUUUCGGACACUCUCCGAUCGACCGUUCUGGCUGCUCGCCUUCUUUUAGCCACACGUUUCGGCUAGGCCGUCCCCCCAACUUCAGGUUCCGCUGUUAGUUUGGUGUCGUUUCCGACUUGUCGCUUAAAACUCUCCGACAGGAGCUCUCCACUUAGCCUUCCCGUUUUCUGUCCUGUUUAUUCUUCCUUCUCACCUGUGACCCGGUAUCAUGCGGCUUCGACGGGUCUCGACUCUCAAGGCUGUAGUGCGCCUGCUCCACUAACCAUGGCUGCUAACACAGCCGACCUCUCUGGAGGGCCGGUCCUUCUCUCCUUCUCCCUCGCCACGGGGAGCUUCGCCCUGUCGACCACCUUUGUCCGCUUCUGCGUCCGCGCGGGCAUGCAAAGCGGUUUCUGGGCUGAUGAUUAUGCCAGCGCGGCUGCCACAGUGGUAGCGUUAGUAGGGAUUAUCUUUGGCAUCUUCGAGAGCACUGCGUCGGACCCGGCGCGGGCCUUGGAAUUUGAUGUGCUGGGACAGCCGUGGUACCUGAUGAGCGUUACCCUCAGCAAAACUUCGAUACUUCUCUUCUUCAUGAGCAGCCUCGGGCGAGGGCGGCAAUGGACCAUUCUGCUGGGCGCUCUUAUUAUCAUCAUGGCUGCCGUUAAUCUUGCCUUUUGGUUGACGGUACACCUCCAGUGCCGACCGUUGGAGAAGCUGUGGAAGCCCUCGGUCGAGGGGGAAUGUUGGGAUCCAUCCGUACAGCUUAGUUUUGGGUACUUCCAAGGCGCAUUUUCGGUGUUUUCAUGGCUCUUUCUUGCUCUUUUUUCCACCUUAAUAGUACGAAACCGCACUCGUCACGGCGAGAAAUCCUGGCCGUUCUACAUCACGACCGUCCUGAGCUUUGCCGCCGGGAUUUUCUCCAUAGUCCGCACCGCACAGAGCUCCCAAACGAGCGGCUCAAGCGUUUACACGAUCCAUUACUUUUACAUGAGUCUCAUGGCCAACCUAGAACAAAACCUCGGCCUCAUGGCGGCCAACGUCCUCGUCCUCGGGCCCCUCUUCUCCUCAGCCACACGCUCCUCUUCCCGCCGCAGCAACCGCAGCCGCAACCGCAGCCGCAAAACCCCUCGUGAUCCUUACGCUUCGUCAUCCUCGGCGGGCAGCUCCCGCUCCCGCAAACAGGCCGCCGCCAGAGCCAAAACACCCAGCCGUGCCGGAAGCACCCAGAGCAUCACGCGUGCCUCUUCCCGGGCCAGCUCCACCCGUGAAGGGGCGAGGGAGCUGGCGUUGGAGGAGAAGGAUAUUGCUUCCUCGAGACGCGGUGUGAGUGGAGGAUCGGAACUGAUCACCCAGGGGGGCAGUGACCACUAUCAUCGCCAAAAUUACAAUCAUGGGACGAGGUAUGAGGAAGACGAUGACGGAGCUGAUACUGGGGAGUAUGACCUGGGCGAACCUCGGCACCGGCGAAAGGACGGCGAUCACGAGCACAGUUCUGGGGUUGGUCACGGUGGCGACGGGAAUGAAAGUGACAGCGACAUGUCUGAUGACGAAGAUGGUGAUGUUAAUGCUGGCGACAUCGACCUGGAAGCCUGGCCCAGGGGCAUCAUCAAGACAGUCAGCGUCGAGGUGGUCGAGGAGAUCAACCCGGACUAUGUCCCUCCUGCCCAGCACGCUAGCGGUAACAACAACAACAACAACAACAAGACUGCUUCCAUUAUUGCUACCGGACUUGGCGCAGGGGCAGGGGCAGGAGCGGGAAGGACUGGGAGGAGCAGUGUGCUUAUCGGCCCGUCGUCGUCGGGGCUUGUGUCCCAGCGUGUGGCGGGUGGUGGGGGUGGUGGUGGCGGUGCUCAGGAAGGUGGUGUGACUGUAGGUGGUGGUGGUGGGAGAACCGGCAGGACGAGCGCUGCCGCUGCUGCUGCCGCUGCUGAGCAGGAUUGGGAGGCCAUGUUGAGGCUUGGGCCGACGAGGUGAACUCUUACCCUUUCUUUUCAGUUUCCUUCUUUCGUCAUUUCCUCCCUACUGUUUGCUUCCUUUCAAGGUUCUGUGCCUGUU